UACCACAACUACCUCCUAAGUAGAUCGAGGGAGUCUUCAAGUCUACGCACCAUGCCCGCCAGUUCGAGCCCUUUCCUUCGCCGGGCUAUGCUCUACGUCCCGGCGUCGUCGCAACGAAUGCUAACCAAAUCCCUCGGUCUCACCGUCGACACCGUCAUCUACGACCUCGAGGACUCGGUGAACGCCGAAGUCAAAGCCGAGGCUCGCGAUGCCCUCUACCAGCACUUACGCCGUCUACCCGCGAAGCCGCCUCACGUCUCCGAGAUCGCCGUCCGCGUCAACAACGCCCGUUCUCCCUUUAUUGAAAAAGACCUCAAGCUCGCCGCGUCGUCUUUCGUGGUCGACACCGUCAUCGUGCCCAAAGUGAGCAACAUCGGGGACUUGAGGGAGGUUUCCCACAUACUCAAGAACCUCGAGAAUAAACACUUCAAAGACGCGCGCGAGAAGCCCUUGAGGGUUAUGGCCAUGAUCGAGUCGGCUCGCGCUAUAAUGAACCUCUCGUCCAUUGUUAGAGGCCCGCGCCUCAACGGCCUAAUCUUUGCGGCCGAAGAUUUCGCCCUCGACCUGUCGCUCACGCGGACGCCGGAUAUGUCCGAGUUCUUAUAUGCGCGGUCUGCCCUGGUGACGGCCGCCCGCGUUGAGAGCAUCCCUAGUCUAAUAGAUUUAGCAUGCACAUCGUAUAAGGAAAAGGACGGGCUAGAUCAGCUAGAAAAAGAGUGCCAAAACGGAAGGGCCAUGGGAUUCAAUGGCAAGCAGUGCAUCCAUCCUUCGCAGGUCAACAUGGUGCAGCGGUACUUCACUCCCUCCGAGAAGGAGCUUGAGUGGGCUGUCAGGGUUAACAUAGCGGACGAGAAAGCCGCAGCUGAGAAAAGGGGGGCUUGGGGCCUAGAUGGCAGAGUGAUUGACCGCCCGGUUGCCGCUAGGGCGAAGGCGAUAGUUGGCAGGGCGGAAAAAUGUGGCUUGGAUGUCGAUGGACUCCGAGAAAAAUGGAAAGAUCAAGAGCCUGAAUAAACCACCUAUGAAUAUUAACCUUAACAAAGACCUUGACAUUUCGAGACGCUCCUCGAAUUCUUCCAACGGUUGUGUGAUAUUAGGU